AUGGUCCCAACACCUCAUCGAAUCGCACUCACAUCUACCGAGCUCAAAAAGCAGCACAAGAAAAAUGGCCCGCGCCUCAACGAGCGACAACAAAGGCAGCUCGAGCGCGACGCCGAGUUAGAACAGCGCGCCGCCCGCGCCCGCAAAGCCGAAGAAAGUCGCAAAGCAGCCAAGAAGAAGCGCGAGGAAAAAGAGGCGAAAGAUGCAAGAGCGAGGCAACAGAUUGGUGUUGGGCUUGCGACCCAGCUUAUUGGAUAUAGCCAUACACAGGCGCAGCUGAAGAGUGGCAUGGAAGCAUUCCUAGGUUUAAGCAAGAGGAAAGAAGAAGAGAAACGCAGAAAGGAUCUGGAGCUUACCAAGAAGCUGGAAGAGAUUGCGGAUUCGAUGGAAAAGGAGCCAUGGGAUGACGACAACGACGACGACAAUGAGGACAUAGACAUCGGUCUGCCGGAGACGACUGUGUCCUUUGGCGAGCAAUGGGCCGACGAUGAUUUAGAUGACGACACACUCCUCGAAGCACAUGAUAUGCUCGUGUCAGAUUCGGUAGAGGUGCCACAGGUUGUUGCGGAGCCGCCUGCGCCUGUUUCUCCUCUUGCACCCCCUCCGCCCGCCGCACCGAUCCCUCCGCUGAAGUCACUUUCUACCCAGGACAAUCGCGAAUUCACACGCACACACGGGCCCAUCAACAAGGCAAUCGAGGCUGUUUUAGACAAACUACCCGAGCCUCUAAUCGAACUGCUGUCACACGAUCUCUCGCUCAAGACACCAGACUGGGACCCUUCACUAGGGCUACUACACAAGCUCAACCCGGUCGGGCUACCGCCUCAUCGUCUGCGAAUCAAGAUCGGCUGCAUUGUAUCGGUGCUUCGAGAUCUCAACACAAGCAGCCAGUUGUCCAAGAGCCAGCACUUGCGAGUCCUACGAUGCGAGAACGACCGGCUAGAAUGCUUGGUGUUGGAUGGACAGCUGCAGGGAACUAAGACCUUCCUGACGCGGGUUCCAUUUUUUGCGAAAUACAAGAAUCUGGAGCAGCAUCCUUUCCAGCGGACGCAGUUUCCCAUACGUGUAGCCAUUGACUAUACACCAUCCAGCAUGCCACAGGAUACGUCCCAACCGGGGUUCAAGCUCCCCUCUAUACCUGGCCGUGUGCCACCUGCCACCUUGCCAAGAAAACCGACCCCACCUGUCAUUAAGGCAAAACCUCCCAUAAAUCAGAAUCCGGGCUUCAAGCUUCCUGGAAUACCAGCAUCCAAGUCCAGCUCGUUCACUGCGAUUGAACCUAUAUCGGUCACGAAGAAAACUCCGUCAAUACUGUCACUACCAACAGACUGCUGGGACGACUUCCUCGAAAGCAGCACACAAAUCUCACGAGAGCUUGCUUCAGAAACAACGCCGACGGUCAGGGAGCCAAUCAAAGCUUCAACGACCGUAUCGCCUCCCAUAGCUGACGACCUUCCUCCUAUAUCGACCCAAGACUUCGACUUUUCGCUAGAGGAUCUCGACGAAGAGCCCUCAACAGAGGAGGUGAGAUGUGGGGCUGCUCUCAACAUGCACACUGCGCCUAGCACGGUACCUGCACCGCUUCAAGCCAAGUCAGAAACGUUACGCCCCGCACAAAAGCCAACAUCUCUGCCGCUUCCCUCUGAGCCGGCAAAGUCUUUGAUCACCCCCACCAAAGUUGACAGCAGUGUCGCGCAGAAGAACUUUCCGCCUCGUGCUUCUGCGAAUUCGAGCAGGCCGUUGACAUCCUCCAAGUCCUCUAAGAAGAUAGCUGGGAAAUGCCUGAACCCAGGUCCCUUUGCCUAUGGACUCGAGGCUGAACUAGCAAAACUUCGAGCUUCUCAGCUGCCAAAAUCUAUGACCGGUAUUAAUGCGAAGAGAAGAGCUACAACGACGCCAUCCAGGGACCAGGCACUUCCAACGAAGAGGCAACGCGUACCAACGCCGCACUCGAAGCCCCCUCCAGUGGUGUCGACACCAAGCGCGUCUUUUGAAGACUUUGUUAUGUCGACGCAGGAAGUAGCUUCGUUCUUCGAUGAUGAUGAUGAUGUUGAUGAUGAUGAUAAUAACAUGAGCUUCGGAUCACCGCCUAUCGCGGUAUGA